AUGUUGCUGGAGGAUCUGGAGGGGCAUUCCUGGGGAUGGAACCAGAACAGCCACUAUAGGCCCCAGAAGAGAUACCUGUUAGGUAUCAGGGUCUCCCAGAAGAGACAUCAGCAGAGCCCUGGUCCCUCCUUCGCAACGUGGCUUCUCCUCACCUUCUCCUUCCUGCUGACGUCUGCAGGUGAGGACGACAGUGACAAGGUGCUGAGGGGUGAUAAGUGUGCGCCCCACCCCCAGCCAUGGCAGGUGGCCCUCUUCGAGCAUGGAAGCUGUAACUGCGGGGGUUCCCGCAUCUCCCCGCGCUGGGUGCUCUCUGCAGCCCAUUGCCAAUCGCGGUAUGAAGAGCUGCGCCAGCGCGAUGGCCCGGAGCAACUGCGGGCUGUUUCUCUCACUGUCCCACAUGCGCGUUACGAAGCGCAGAGCCACCGUCAUGAUAUCCCGUUACUGCGUCUAACCCGGCCCGCGCGCGUCUCUACCAAAGUGCCCCGGGUCCCGCUGCCCACGCGCUGCCCCCAGCCCAGCGAGGCCUGUGUGGUGUCUGGCUGGGGCUUGGUGUCCGACAACAAGCCCGAGGCCACAGGGAGCCCCGUGUCACAAGUGAGACUCCCAGAUACAUUGCAUUGGGCCAACAUCAGCAUUAUCUGGACCACAUCUUGUAACAAGGACUAUGCAGGGCGCCUGGUGAACACCACAGUGUGUGCGGGCGUGGAGGGCAGAGGCACGGACUCCCUCCGGGGGUCCGGAGACCAGGUCAGACCCCUGGUCUGUGGGGAUGUCCUGCAGGGCAUUGUGUCCUGGGGUGAUGUCCCCUGCGACACAACCACCAAGCCCAGUGUCUAUACCAAAGUCUGCAGCUACUUGGAGUGGAUCAAGGAAACCAUGAAGAGGAACUGACUAUUCUGGCCUACCACCUGUGUCCCUGACUACACAGAAGCCCCCAUGGCUGGCCAGCAGCCCCAUCUUGACCUGGAACAGAACUGGGCCAUCCCCCAAGACCCCGUCCAAGGCCCAGAGGUUAGCCAAGGACUUGCCCAUCUGAGACCAGAGCUGGUGCUCCAGGUCACCUGUUUGAUACCAGAA